AUGGCGAGCGACACAAGUCCUGCUGUCGAUCCGUCCAGCGAAAAAGUUCUAAAUUUAGCCAUUCCAAAGGAGAGUAAACACUGUAGACGUGCAGUAGUUCGGGAGAAAGUGAUAUGCAAAAAGUGCAGAAGUCUUUUUCACCCGGGGUGCGGAAAAGCAGCUAAUAAAAGCAGUGAAUGCCAGCAUGAAGCCGAGGAGGAAAAAGUUGCCAGUCUAGAAAACCAGUUAAAAACCGCCAAAAAAACUGAGGUAAACAAACCAAAUAUUUCAAAUAACAUAACCAAUAUACCGGCAUCCUCGAAUAACACUACUAACACAAAGAUGGCGCUACCUCUUAACUAUGCUGAAAAUGUAAAGAAAACACUGAAGAAAGCUAUACCGCUGACAGUACAGUUACCUAUCACACACACACCUGUAGCAAAACAAACUCCUGAAACUGUAAUGCCGGUACCAGCUGAUAAAAACAUAACCAAAAAUAUUAGCAAUGAUGAUUUUACUACAAAAACUUACAAAAACGCAAGGAAAAAUACCGGAAUAAUCGGGAAAAACAGACUUCAUACUGAUAACAGACAAAGAGAAACUAGUCCAAAAUUAGGAAUACCAUUAGUCACUCCUCAGUUAUCUUUUAAUUUAUUUUACCACAAUAUGCAAUGCCUGCGAACAAAAGUUAAUGAGUUAGAAGCAUAUAUUGGAGAAAAAUUUAACAUGCUCUGUAUGAAUGAAACUUGGUUAACGGAAACUGAAACGGAAUAUUUAAAGAUUGGCAACUUUAGAACGGCCUACCAAUUCUCUAGGAAGGUUAGGGCGCAUGGUGGAGUUGAAAUGCUGGAUAACACACUGUCCUACGAGAAACUUGAGGACUUGAAUUCACUAUCAAUUGAACAGCAUUGUAAAAUCUCUGCUGUUUUAAUCCCAGUUUUUAACUUAACUGUCAUAACUGUAUACAGGUCACCAAACCCGAAAGGAACUUUUGUGAUUUUCAUGGAGAUCAUUGAAAAGGUAUGUAACAAGGUCAACUUUAAGAUGGGUAAUGUUUUGAUCGUAGGUGAUUUUAAUGUAUGCUUCAAAAAUGUAAACAGGCAGGAUGAUGACGAUGAUGCAUAA